AUGGACGGCGCGUUCAUCGAGUCUGGGCAAGAGACCUCAGACUUGCCAACCACACCAAUGGGCCACGAGUUUGCGGUGGGCAGCGGCGGCGCAGUAGUCGAGGACGACACCCUGGACGAAGACGACUUACCCCAGCCACACAGCCAUCGCACGUCCAUCAGCAACGCCCCUGUUGCUCGCAGGCCCAGUGGCGUUGGCGGCAACGUUCGCAGUGACGCACAUCGGCGCACUUCGUCGAGCGUCGUGGGCGUGCCGUCUGUUGCAGAUGGCGGGAUCAUUUCGCGACGAAGCAUGCCGGCCGGCGUUGGCGGCGUUGGUGGCGUUGGCAACGCUGUAAGUGGCAGUGAUGACAUCGGCGGUGGUGCAGAUGCGCGCCUGCGGCGGGGUGGAAGGAGCGCACUUUCCCGGCGGCGUGACCGCGUCCCUGACAAAGGGAGACGCCGCCGCAGCAAACAAGCUGUUGGCAAUGUCCAGCCACGCCGCAGCCCCAUGACGCGGGCCAGCAGGCGGCGCGCCACCACCAGCACCUGGGUGUCAAGCCACGAGCACGCGCAUGAGGCUGACGAUGAAGAGGAGGAAGAGGACUUUGGGUCCGGCGUCAGGGUGGUUGACGAUGAGGACAUGGGCGGCUUGGACGUGGACGAGGAGGAAGAUGAGGACGACGAAGAAGAGGAGGAGGACGAAGAAGAAGACAAGGGGCGGAUGUUUCGAAGAAGGCAUCGCCUCACGCAGUCGCAGCUGCAGGAACUCGUAAGCGUGCACACACAGCUCGACUCGCUCUACGACCAGACACACCACCCUGGUCAGCAGUAUGCGGACAACUAUGCCUGCGGCACGCUGGACGUGCACGACUUUGUGCUGCGCGAUGAGAGCGACCCCGUGUUUGCGGCGAAGAAGCGCGCUGCGUACAAGCCGCCGCAGUUCCCGCCACCGCACGCGCGGCGCCGCGGCCGCCACCGCCGGCAGUAUCUCCAUCCCCAACGCCAGGACGGCGACCACGACGGGCGCAUUUGGCGGGAACGCCAGCGCACAGACUCACACAUGACAGACCUGGCCAUCAGCGGUUACAGCGUGGUCAGCAGCCAUGCCGAUGUGCUGCAGCACAGCGACGCGCCACAGUCGGAUAUGGACAAGCCCAGCGACGAAGUGGACGCGGUGCAGUUGCUGAGAACUGGUCGCGAGGCCCCCCUGCACCACCACGAAGACCAUCAACAGCAACAGCAACAGCAGCAGCAACAGCCAGCGAGUGGCAGUGUGCCACAGGCUGUGUCGAUGCAACGGAGUGAUGGUGAUGACGAUUCUGUGGUGCGUCCAGGGGAGCAACAGCACAGUGACGUGGUUGACACAGGUGGUGAGCAAGCAAUGAGAAUACGGCAAGGCGAGGGCGAUAUUGAUGUUGUUAAUGGCGGUGAUGGUGGUGAUGGCAGUGGUGGUGGUGGUGGUGGUGAUGGCAGUGGUGGUGGUGGUGGUGGUGGGACUGGUGGUGUUGUUGUUGGGACUGGUGGUGUUGGUGAUGGGACUGGUGGUGUUGUUGUUGGGACUGGUGGUGGCGGUGGCGGUCGUGAUGGGGGUACUGGUGGGACUGACGACGGUGGUGCGAAAGGGGUGGUGGAUGCGCGGCAGUUUGAUCGUGACUACCGGAGCGACGCGGAGCCAGAGGGUGGGGUGGUUGCAGAUGAUAGUGGCAAGAUGUACAUCCAGCAGCAUGUACCACCACAACAGCAACCACAACAGCAACCACAGCAGCAGCAGGAGGAGGAGGAACCCUUGCAGCAGCCACAACAACAGGCGUUUGGGGUGAGCGCACCACAGGACGCAGGUGCGUGGCAGGAGCCACAGAGCACUGGUGACGGGGAUGCCAACGGGAAUGUUACCACUGUUGAACAACAACAACAUGAGCUGUUGGCACCAUACUCGGCAGAGACGAUGGCAGCAAACCACCAGCAGCCCGGCCAGGUGGCGGGGACCAAUGGUGUCGGUGUCGCACAGCAGCAGCAGCAACAACAACAACAACAACAACAACAACAACAACAACAGCAACAGCAGCAGCAGCAGCAGCAGCAGCAGCAGCCGGCAUCACAGUUGGUUGAAGCUCCUACACCGCCCGAGGAGCGCGCCCUACCAAUCGCGAUGGCGCCCGCAGUUGAGAAUGGACAUGGCCCUGUGGUGGUUGCCGAUCUACAAGAACUACCACAUCCAUCGGCGACGAAGUAG